AGUCUGAAAACGCGAUUGGUCGACGAAAGACGCACGCCGCCGACGCGCCGAAGACGGGAAAACUUUACGAUGUCGAAAUAAAAACUUUUUCAUUCUAACAUUUCUAAUUGUGAAUACUAAUGUGAUGGUAUUAUUUGUACUGUGAAAUUUUAUCUUUCGCCAUGAUCACCAUCAAAUGGAUAAAGUGUUGGAUAUGUUGCAUCCUGUUAUUUGCCUUUGGAGGAUCCCAUGCUGAGAAAUUUACCCUGGGAUAUAUCACUGGUUCUCAGAGACGACCUGGUGAUUACACUUACCAAAAACCAGGGAGGGUUAUAUCAGGGGCUAUCUCUAUGGCAGUGGAUGACGUCAAUACAAAACUGCUACGUCCAAUGGGUCACGAAUUAGACUUCGUUGUAGCCGAAACUUACGGUCAAGAAGAGGUUUCAAUAAAGCAGGUGGCUACGUUAUGGGCAACAAAUGUGUCGGCGUUCAUUGGACCGCAAGAGACAUGCGUGCAUGAGGGACGCAUGGCUGCCGCCUUCAACUUGCCUAUGGUUAGCUAUUACUGUCGGGACGUGGCGUGCUCUAACAAGCGCGUUUACGCAACAUUUGCACGUACGCGCCCGUCCGACAUCGACAUAUCCCGUUCUGUGCUCGCGGUGCUCAAACACUUCAACUUCAUGCAUAUUGCUGUCGUGUACUUAAAAGCUCCCAACCAUGACUUUUCACGUCUCGCACUCGCCAUAAUGGCUGUGGCACGAGAACAGUACAUCUCGAUACGGGCCGCAGUCGAGUACCGAGAACCCUUUUACUACGAGAACAGACAAGAGAACUUCAGUCGCAAUCCGUUCUUAGACAUCGUAAGAGACACUUACAAGGACACAAGAAUUUACGUGUCGGUGGGAUAUUACCAUGAUCAUAUAGGACUGAUGUUAGCAUUAGACACCAUGCAGUUACUAGAUUCUGGGGAAUAUGCAGCCAUUGGCGUUGACGUUGAGAAAUAUGAGCCCGAUGAGGCAGUGCGUUACCUCGCUGGACCUCUACGGAAAGCACCCGAGGCCAGGGCUCUGAAAGCAUUUAGGUCAUAUCUUGCCGUAGCGCCUUCUCCCUCACCGUCGUACCCGGCCUUCGCCAUGGAAGUCAAUAGGAGAUUGCAGAUGCCACCAUUUAACUUCACAAACCCGUUGCUUGCUUUGGGCGGCGGUAAAGUGAUUCCCGUUGAAGCUGCAUGGUUACACGACGCAGUUUGGGUGUAUGCGCGGGCGCUGGUCGCUGCGCUGUCUUUAGGAUACAGUCCUCGGGAUGGAAGAGCUUUAGCUACUUAUAUGAGAAACACCACUUACCGCAGUGUUAUGGGUUAUUGGGUGCACAUGGAUGAGAAUGGUGAUGCAGAAGGCAAUUACACUCUGCUGGCAAUAGACCCAACACGCCCAGCCGGCGUCUACCCAGUCGCUGUGCUACACAAGUCCACUCCGGAGGUGAGAUUCCUGCGAGAAUUGAAAUGGCCAGGAGGGAGAGUGCCGCUAUCAGAGCCACCAUGCGGUUUCCACGGCGAAAAAUGCGCCAGUCACAUAGGUGCCUGGGCGCUAGGAGCAUCAGGAGCCACUUUAGUCCUCUUAGCUCUGGCUGCACUCGCAUUGUACCGUGGUUGGCGUUACGAGCAGGAGUUGGACUCUCUACUGUGGAAGAUCGACUUUCGAGAACUACACCUGGCCGACGAUGAGCCGAACGGCAACAAACUGACAAGACAGCAGCGCUGUUGUGAACCCCAACUCUUCAUGCAACACGGUCACAAAUGAGAAAGCUGGAGCAAACGGUGGUGUACGCUCCAGUCAAGUUUCGCUCAGCUCCAAUCCCGACCUCGACUUCAGAUAUUCGGCUAUCUUCACGGAAGUUGCACUAUACAGAGGGCGCCUUCUUGCUGUCAAAAGAGUGCGAAGACAUCACAUUGAUAUCAAUAGGGAAAUCAAGAAGGAGUUGAAAAUUAUGAGGGACUUGCAACACGACAAUGUGAAUGGAUUCGUAGGGGCAUGUAUCGAACCACCUAACGUUUGCGCUCUAUCAGAAUACUGUACAAGAGGAAGUUUAAAGGAUAUUCUUGAAAAUGAAGAUAUCAAGCUCGACAACAUGUUUGUAGCUUCCCUCGUCGCCGACAUUAUUAGGGGUAUGAUCUUCAUUCACGAGUCACCACUGCAGUACCAUGGCGCGCUUCGUCCGUCUAACUGUCUGGUAGACGCAAGAUGGGUGGUUAAGCUUGCAGACUUCGGCCUCAAAGAGUUCCGCCGCGGGGAAAUACCACCGACUGAACCCACGGCUUUGCGAGCGCAUCUCGAAAAUCUAGUCUAUCUCUCGCCUGAGCUUCUGCGUAACUCCGGCUGGGGCUCGGACGCGUUUCCAUUGUCGGACGAACACAGAGAGGGCACGCCGGUAGCGGAUGUGUACGCAUUCGCACUCGUCUUGUACGAGAUCCACACGAGGAAGGGACCGUUUGGACCCGACGCUCCAACGGUACCAAGCCUACUUCGACGAAUUGCACUAUCCGAACCAACGCCUUACAGACCGCCUUUGGAACCGUUGUCUGGACGAUUCGACUGCGUUCGUGAAUGCUGUUGCGAAUGUUGGGCAGAGGAUCCCAUCUCAAGGCCCGACUUCAAAGCCAUACGCACUAGACUUAGACCGCUCAGGAAAGGCAUGAAACCAAAUAUAUUUGAUAACAUGAUAGCCAUCAUGGAGAAGUACGCAAAUAAUCUAGAAGCUCUAGUGGACGAGCGUACUGAUCAACUACAGGAAGAGAAAAAGAAGACUGAGGCGUUGUUAGAAGAGAUGCUUCCCGCGCCAGUGGCUGAACAACUUAAGCGAGGCCGACGAGUGCUGCCCGAGAGUUAUGAUUCGGUUACAAUAUACUUCAGCGAUAUCGUUGGUUUCACCGCUAUGUCCGCGGAGAGUACUCCGUUGCAGGUUGUCGACUUCUUGAACGACCUGUACACGUGUUUCGACUCCAUCUUGGAGAACUUCGACGUGUACAAAGUGGAAACGAUCGGCGACGCGUACAUGGUGGUUUCAGGGCUGCCGAUACGCAACGGCAUAGUACAUGCUGGUGAAGUAGCGUCGAUGGCCCUAGCUCUGCUGUCGGCCACGCGCGCGUUUCGCGUGCGUCACCGGCCCGAACAGAGACUUCUGCUCCGUGUCGGGAUACACUCCGGUCCUGUGUGUGCUGGAGUAGUAGGACUGAAGAUGCCCAGAUAUUGUCUCUUCGGCGAUACUGUUAAUACCGCAAGUCGGUUCGAAUCAACAGGGGCACCACUAAAGAUUCACUGCAGUGCAGCGUGCAAGAUGUUGUUAGAUCAACUAGGUGGUUACAUUUUGGAGGAACGUGGAAUUGUAUCUAUGAAAGGCAAGCGAGACCAAAUGACGUAUUGGUUACGUGGGGAGGAGCCUGCUGCUGCCGCUGCAAGAGCAAAACGUAGAGCGCUGAAGGAAGAUACAGUCCCACCACCAUCUGUUGACAAAAGAGGACAACGCAGUUCAUUGAAGAGCAAGAACUGGAAGAACCAAGUUGGAAGUUUGCACAGAUGUUGCAGCUUAGAAUCUCCAAAGAAACUUAGAUUUGCCUCUGGAAAUCUAUUAGAAUCGCACACAGAUAGCGUAUUACAUCACAGGAGUGACGAAUUUCUGAUGGAAGUGGUAGGCGAAGGAAGAUUAGCGCCAACGCAGCGUAACGAUUUAUUGGAAGCUCCCAAUCUCCGCCAAGAGUUCACAAGCGUUUCGUGUCCUAUCAUAGAGCAUACAGAAUGUCCACCCGCACUGAUUGAAACAGUUACAACACCUUUGGUGACAAAGGAGGGGCCGUGUGAACCAUGCGACAUAAAACUAGUCAUCAACGGAUGCACAUAUGAUGAGAGAGACGAAAAAAUUAGCGUCGGAACACCGUUGCUUGCCGACACGUAACUCAAUACAAAAAAAUGUACUUAAAUGUAACGUUUCCCUAGUCAAGGACUGCGAUUAUUUAUAGCAUUAUUAUAAAUUAUAUCAUAGCUGAAAGUACUAUACGACUGCACAAUAACUAGGGCAUAAAUUCUGCUGAUUUUUAAGUAAUAUUAAUAAUAACCUUUACAAUCUCAACUAUAUUAUUUUACCAUUGUACUAUCUACCUGAAGUCCAAUAUUAUUAAUGUAAUGUCCCCUCACAAACCAAUAGUGACAGAUGUAUUUAUUAUUUAGAACUGUGUCAUAAAACGUUGUAAUCGAAGCUUCGUUGACUUUCCAUAAUCACGGUAACAUUAGCAGAAUUGUCCUAUAGUGCGAAUACUGCCCACGGAACACCGUGGAUUUAGUAUAAUCGUGAUAUGUCAGUAUUAUUAAUAGAACAUAUUAAAUAGAAAUUAUUUAAUAACAUUAAACUCUUAUUUCACAAUUCACGGUAACAUCGUUUUACUUACAUAUAUUAUUUACAGCAUCAUUUAAUAUACAUACCUAAUAUACAUUUAAUUGGAAUAUGAUAUAGGCACGGGACGCAUAAGCCACGGAUAUAAAUAAUUGUAUGAGCACAGACUACCUACACUAAGUAACUAGAAUACAUUAUGACUCUUAGAGUAAACAAUGACGUACAAACGGUAUCCGUUAUAAAAAGUAUACCGAAAAGUACUAAUUCGCGACGAAUGCGUUUCUAUGGCGUACUCCAGGGGCUUGCGUCCCGCUUGGCUAUAAGAACAGUUCCCAAGGAAAAUAAUGAAUGUCACUAUUUCACUGUCAAACUUUUCUGUUAACUCCGUUUAGUAACGUGGAUAUUUAUUCUAUUAAAUAAAAACAUAAAUUGGGUACAGUCAGACACAAUAGGGUAUUUGAUACUAUUGAAAAUAAGUUGCAUGUUAUGGUUAUCCUGUUAGAUAAUAAUCUAAUAAAGUUUAUUUCUUAGAAUCUGUAGCCAAUAUAAUGUUUAGCUUUGUUAAAUUAGGUAAAGAAAAUGCUACAUUUUUAGGAAUUUAAUGAACGACGAAAACGCUCUGUAAUUGGUUGUCGUCGCAACCAAUAACAGGUUCUCAUUUCCGGCGUGUGACGUCACAUGUAAACAGGAAGCUGUCAUGUCAAAACAGUGUUACUAGAGAUACGUAAAGUAUUUAUAAAUGUAUUUAUAUUUUUGACUAUUUAAACUUUAACUAUUAUUUUCAACGGAAAUUGAACAGAUUCCUAUGAAAUAUAUUGACAGUGUGUUUAUAAUGUAUCAAAACAAAACAACAUUUACUUAUUAACCCACAGUAAGAACCAAAUAUAUCUAUCUAUAUAAUUAUAAUGACUCACCGAAAUAUAUGUAUCGGCAUUAGUUCUGAACGAUUGCACCAAAUUAGGCAGCUAGCAGUAAUCAAUAAUGACUAAAUAAUAGAAACAAGACAUACAUAAGUAGAUGAUUGAUAAAAAAAAUUCGAGAGGACCUUGAUGGCGCAGUGGAUAGCGCACUCGGUCUGUGAUACGGUUAUUAAGCAACUUCGCAAUGACCGGCCAUUUAUUAUCUCGAACUCCUCCGUGCUUCGGAAGGCACGUUAAGCCGUAAGUAAGCUGCAUCUGCAGUCGUUAAUACUACCAGUCCACAUUGAGCCCGCAUGGUGGGUCAUGGCCCAUUUUUCUUAUUC